UUACAGGAGGCAGAGGGAGAGAAGGCAGGCAGGCGGGCAGGACGCAUCAUGGCGGACAGAGACAGUGGAAGCGAGCAGGGAGGAGCGGUCACAGGCCUGGGCGCCGGUUCCUUACACCCAGUGACCGGAGGGGCGGGUGCGGCUUCCGGACUGCAGCAUGAGACCCAGGAGCUCGCGUCGAAACGGGUUGACAUCCAGAAUAAGCGAUUCUACCUGGACGUUAAGCAAAACGCAAAGGGCCGCUUCCUGAAGAUAGCCGAGGUCGGGGCCGGAGGAAAUAAAAGCCGUCUCACUCUCUCCAUGUCCGUAGCUGUGGAAUUCCGAGAUUACCUGGGAGACUUCAUCGAACAUUAUGCCCAGUUGGGGCCUAGUAAUCCGGACAUAGUGCAGGACGAGCCCCGGCGGGCGCUGAAGAGCGAGUUUCUGGUGCGAGAGAAUCGGAAGUACUACAUGGAUCUGAAAGAGAACCAGAGAGGGCGGUUUUUGAGGAUUCGGCAGACUGUAAACCGGGGGCCCGGACUGGGAUCCACACAAGGCCAGACUAUCGCUCUUCCUGCACAGGGACUUAUUGAGUUUCGCGAUGCUUUGGCGAAACUAAUCGACGACUACGGAGUGGAGGACGAGCCAGCCGACUUACCGGAGGGCACUUCAUUGACUGUGGACAACAAGCGGUUCUUCUUCGACGUGGGAUCGAAUAAGUACGGCGUCUUCAUGAGGGUCAGCGAAGUGAAGCCGACGUACCGUAACUCCAUCACGGUACCGUACAAGGUCUGGUCCAAAUUCGGGAGCACCUUCUGUAAAUAUGCGGAGGAUAUGAAAAAGAUCCAAGAGAGGCAGAGGGAGAGAAGGGUGUGCGAGCUCCAGGAGGAGCUGCACGGCGAUGACGGCGAGGAGGAUUGAUACACUACAGAGGUUAAAAAAGUUAUAAUUAAAAACGUUACUGUAAACCGAAAGAAACGUAGAAUUAAACUGUAACUGUUUAACUCCAAGGGAGCGCCACCGGAAACCCUCACGAACUGACAGUUAAGACUUGAUGUCACUCAUCGCUGGAUGUUUACCUACUUACCCACCAUUAAACAGUAAGCAGCUGCUAAAACAGAGUAAUAACAUUAUAUAUGAACUAUUUCCUACUUGAUUAAAAUUAUAAAGAAAGGAGCGUUUAUUUCCCUAAUUAACCAAGAACUUUUAUACUCGAUCGAGCUAUUCAAAAAUUGGUGCAAUGUUCAAAUUGAAAUAUUGCCCGAAAUGUACGAGGAGCAAGUCCUUUCGUGUGAGCUAAUAUUCGAAUUCAGCACAAAGAAGAUAUUUUGGAACACCUUUUCUAACCAAAACGUUAAACCUUUUUGAAAGAGGUUACCAGUAUACUUGCCACCCCUUUUACCUGUGAGUAGAUAUGUGUAUAUACUAUAUAUAUGAGGGCUAGGCAUGUUGUCGGAGUUUUAUUUAAAUGUUAUGCAGCCGUUCGUAGAGUUCAAGGUAAAUAGAUCAAUGACAGAAGCGCUCUGUGUUACAGUAUGCAUAGCUUCCGAAUCCCACAGGUAUUCAACUGGUCAGUACAUAUGAUAUAUCAACAUGAAAUACAUUUAAACUUUAAACCGCAUACUUUUAAAAUAAUUUCACCAUUUUAUUGUUUUUUGUUUGUUUUGUUUGCCUUUUAUUUUAAAUGAAAAUGUCAGAGUAUGAGGGGUGUUUGUGUCGGCUCGUCAUGCACUGUGUAUAAACGUGUUUGUUGUUUUGAUACGCUAGUCAGUGACAGCAUGCAGUAACGUCAGGGCCCAAUGAACUACCACCAACGCUUUGUUGAUAGAAUUGUCAAAAUUAGAACUAUUAUUGUCCAUAUGGAACCCUGUAAGAUAUUGUCCACUGAAAUUCUGGCCAGCGUGCAUUUGACAUGAUUUUGUGAAUCAGAUUUAAACCCUCGUGAAAUACUCACGUUUUCUGUGGGGAAAUUUUAAAACAAAAAAACGUGAAACGCCACGACACAAUUUAGGUCCGAGAGAGUCAAGGCAGCACUUAGAAAGCAGUCACACGCAUGUGAGCUGUACGGAGCAUCCUCUACAACGACCUGGUGCCUUAUACACUUUGCACGUUUACAUGCUGGUUUGACGAUUUGGGUCGCCGUUUGUUUUUUGUUUGGGUACUACCUCGUUCGCCACCCGCACAACUUGGGGCGGACGGUGUUUACUGGAUGUUAAAAAAAAAAAAAAAAAAAAAAACCCAAAGAAAGACAAGCUUUUGUUAACGUUUUGUUUUAUUUUUGUUUUGUUUUAUUUUCCUCUUUCAUUUCCCCCUUCGUGAAAAGCGGAAAAAUACAUUUCCCAGUUGUUGCUUAAAGAUAUAACCUUCACGAAAACGUGAUUUGAAGGCCUAGCCUUCAGGCACGGUGUGUGCAAGGGGGGCAAGUAUGCAGUGGACUUGGUCCAGAGAAAUUAACGUUUAUAUAGCCCUUGGUGUUGCUUCCUGUAUAUAGACCGGUGGCAAGGGCACUAUAUACAUUUUGUAAAGUUGCAAAAGAUCUCAAUAGGGUAAUUCAUUACCACGUUUCAUGUAAUUUAAAGUUUGUUUUUAUUUAACCCCCUCCCACCCUCUCCCAGUGUAUCUCCAGCUUCAUCUUGCUCACAAUGGUCACUUUCAGAGAUACAUUUCAUUAUUGUGUGCAAUAUUGUACGUGCCAAUGGUGGCAAUAUGUAUUCGGAUUAAAUAUAAUAUUAAUAUCUGGAAGCAUGAGGAUGAAUCCUAAAUUGUUUUUGUUCUCUAAGGAAGUGAAGCCUUUACCUGUCUUUAUGUUUGAAUUAAAAAUAAAAAUAAAAAUAAAAAGCCAAGAUUUUAAGAGUGUGCCCUGUUACAGCAGUGGGUGAAGUAUGUUCCCAUAAUCCUUGGCAGUGGCUUGUCUGGCCUUUAGGGGGCAGUGUGCGAGUACGGUGCAGCUCUGCCUCUCCUCGCCCCUGCAAGGGACCCUGUUCGAAAUCGUGGUGUGCCUCGCGUUGGAAACGGGCCCCUUCUGGACCACACGCAAGGUUCUAUGGGUGUUGCUGCGUCAACUCGCAGUGUACAAGAAAGGGCUAAGUCCCUGCUAGCCCAGUUAUCGCUCUUGGCGAGACCCUUAUGUUCGUUUUGUGCUCCUCCUUCUGAGGGCUAAGGUACCAGUUUUAGUUCCCCUUGAGGUCACGUCUACCAGCACAAAGCUUCCUGUCUGGGGAAAGCCUCUGACCAUGUAUUCCAGUCCCAAAAGAAUGUCUUAUUUCCAACACGUUUUGACUGUGAGAGUUCACGGUCCUCUGUAAGUGACUCCCUCGACAGUGCGCUGCAGUAGCUGCGGCUUACCACUAGGGGAGGAUAAAACGCAGCCGAGUAUUCACAGCCUUUUGAACGGUGCCUGUUCAGCUGUUUUUCGCGUCUAGCCGAUUGCCGUGCAUUUCAGAAGGAUUGCUAAUUGGAUCAUUUGGCUCAUUCUUGCAUACUAUAUGAUUUGAAGUACAUUGCAUACAGUUUAAUAGUCAUUCUGUAAUGAAAAUAUAUAUUCUUUUUUUUUCCCCCACCCCACCAAAUUCUCUCACCCCAUGUUCUGUUCUGAACGGGAUAUGGUCCAUGAAUGUGAGAAAAGGGCCAGAUAAUAGAUGGAUCUUUUUUAAGCAUGUCCUGUAUUGGCAGGUAAUGGACAUGAUUUCUAAUAUGCUUCAUUUCUUCUUCUUCUUUUUUUUUUUUGAAGAGUGCAUAGGUUAAUCAUUUAUUAUCAUUUGUGACACGGUCACAGAGGACCAACUAAAGCUUACCGCUGCGCCGAAGCUAUCCGUGGGUUCGUGUUUGUAAACUGCAGCGACGUCACUCCCAGCCCAGCGCUGUUGCUAUGGGAAUGACGUGUGCAUGGGUUUCUGAGCGAGGCGUGUUGCGCGUUAGCCGGUUUCUGGGUGAAGUGUGUGCGCUCGGUGCACGUGUUUCCUGGAUAGAGAUGUGUGUGUGUGUGUGUGUGUGUGUGUGUGUGUGUCUAUACAGCACUUACGGUUUAGCAUUUCCUCGGGCUGGCUAUACGGCCGAAUGAGACAUUAGUGCAAGUGUGGGCAGUUGUGCUCUUGGAGGGCUGAAGUGUAUGCAGGUUUUUUGUUCCAACAAUUAGCCUACCCCAGCUCAGUUGGCUAGUUAGAUGUAUCCAAUGCAACAACAGCGUUUUGGAGAUUAGCAUUGUCAUUGUAAAAUGAUUCAUGCUGAGACGCAGGAACCGCAAUCAACUGCCGUGCAAGAAAUGUAGCUAAAAUAUUAGCUCGAGUCGGGUGAAUUAAAGCGGAAGUUGACCUGAAAAUCCAAGAUAUGGUCCAACCCUGUAGGGCGGAGAUCAUCACUGUCCUUGAGGGCCAAGAACAGCCUUUACCUGGCAGUCAGGUGUGAAGACAGGCUGGCCAAUCAGCAGCACUAAUUGUUCAGUUAACUACCCAGAGAAAAAAAAAAAAACCAGGGCUUGAUUUGGAUUUGAGGGCCAGAUUUAAUGAUUCCCACUGUAGUAGCGCCAGUGGCUUUGUGGCUCUUGUCGGUGAGUCUUUGUGAGGUCCGCCCUCUUCGUGAAGUCGACUUGCUAGCUGACCCGUAUCUCCGCUGCACUAAAUUUUCACUUUUCCAGAGCGCGUUCAAGGGGACGUUCGAUUCCAUGUCGAAUCUGGGAGCGCCUUUAUCCGCGAGGCUAAGGUCCUCACGUGUGCUUUCUAAUUUCGUUUCAUUUAACGGGCAGGGGGAUUGAGUCGGAUAUCGACGUUAUCAUUUGUAACAAUCAGACAUUUUAAAAUAUCCUUGGUUGAAUGUGUGUCACCCCCCCGGUUCAAGGAUGGCUAUUUGGGUUUCCCUUUCACCCAUGUCAUUUCAUCCGGAUUUAUUUUAUUAUUAAUAUUGUGUUCUUAUUGUUAUUUCUUCUUGUUAUUAAAUCUGACUGUUGAAGAUUCUGAGGCACUAGAGGCGUGCAGACUGAUGCGUUUUCUGACUCUGUGCUGUGCUUUUGAACAGUGAUACUCAGACUACCCAGAGCCACGUGUGACCUUCCAAUUACUCCAUAGCUGUCUUUCACAGGGGCCAAAAGACACACACACGCGCACGGUCAUAAUUCCUUUCCCUUGAGAGACCUGCGUGUGUGUGCGCAUAUAUUGUGCAGUCGUCAGUAAGGUUGGACCACUGUCAGUGUUCAUAUUGUGAACCAACAGCACUGGAACAUGGAAUCCUGUCGUUGGCAUGGAGACAGAAGAUCUAUGCAUCUCACAUAGCCGGUGAUGUCAACGCAGUCUUCGGCAGCCAUUUUCACAGCGCUUUUAGAGAUCGCUUUAUGGCACCUGUUUUAAAUGUAUCCAUAGGCGACGGCUUAGCAGUAUUGCAAUUAGACUAACUUUGACUGCUACAUUACAAAUGUAUGCAUUCCCUAGUAAUUCCAAUUGGUUAUAGUCUUUUCGGUGAUCUGACAUGACAUUUUGGAACCAGUCAGUUAGCGGUCAGUAGAAUGUUCCGGCACAAGGAAGCAUGUUUUACCUCGUGAACCACAACUGCAGCCUAAAUCAUGCUAACAGAAGAAAAAAAAAAAAAACAUACCGCAAAGCCUAAAAACCACACAACCCCUCGCUUAGCCAGCUAUAGCCUUUCAUUAACAUUAUUCAUUUUAUAUUUAACGGCCAGUGUUCCCUGCCAUGGUCUACACCUCGCUGUUUUACACACUGCUUUCUGGGGAAACUCUAGGCUCCUCCCCCCCCCCCCCCCCCCCCCCCGCGCACAGUGUCACUUCCUGUGCACGGUGUCUGUUCCGCAGCGGCCCGGGCGCUCAGUCGUAAUAAAGGUCAGUCGACUCGGCACAGGAGUGCUUCAACUUCGCUCUUCCUUUCCCGGCAAAAACCGGCCACAGAAUUCACCCAGUCGCUCUUUUAGACGGGGGGGGGGGGGUCACCUUUCCUCCGAUAAUCGGCCUAAUCGAGUUUGAACGCCGUCUCUCCCCGUUUCCCCCGGAAAGAUUAGCCCAGACCGCUGCAGCUGUGCUCUGGGUUUGGCAUAAGGUCACCUGUUUCCCUGCCUAGUGACAGUGCAGACUAACCUCCGUUCCCCGGCUCGUGAUUGGCCGCGCUGUGAGGCAGCGACACUUCCCGGUUUUCGCUCUCCCGCGGCUGUGAUGAAGUGGUCUCAUAUCGCCAGCAGUGCUGUGUAGUUCAGACUACCUCAGGUGCUGGCUAAGUGGGAUUGUCGAAAAAGGGCCUGGACACAGCAGGGGGGGGAAAAAGUCAUAUUUCUAGAUUUCUUCUCGAUCUGGCCGCUGUUGUAAAUGUGCAAUCUGAGAAUAGCAGCAAAAAAAAAAAAAAAAAAAAAAAACUGGCA